UUUUAGGGCGAUGUGAAGUGGUAGAAUGGAAUAUAAUUGGACAAUUUAUUGUGUUGAUGGUUUUACGUGGAAAACGCUAGAGCCAAGAGAGGCACUGGAGGACAGGGUGACCAAGCAGUGGCAGGAGAUCGGGUUCCAGGGGGACGAUCCCAAGACAGACUUCAGGGGAAUGGGCAUCCUGGGACUGGAGAAUCUAGUCUACUUCGCUGAGGAGUAUCCCACAGCAGCUGCACACGCACUUCUCCAUUCCAAUCAUCCCAAGUAUGGGUAUGCCUUUGCCAUUGUGGGGAUUAACAUCACUAGCAUGGCGAUGAGGUUGCUGAGGGAUGGAACUGCCAAGACUCAUGUGUAUAAUUCGGCGAAAACUCUGCCUACUAUUCGUGCCUUUCAUCAGUUUUAUAGCUAUCUGUUUUAUGAGUUUGAUGAGUUCUGGAUUGAGUCCAAACCUAACAAUAUGAUGGAGUUCUCGGCGAUACAGGAGAAGUUUGAGGGGAAUAUCAGGGGGGCUUUGGGCAAUCCUAUGACUGUGUUUAGAAUCAAUCUUUCGGUUGAUAAUAUUUAA